AUGGAUGGCCCCGCUUUUGUGGCGAAAAUCGAUAUGGUCACGUGUUCAUCGCAUUGUCGCGCGAAUUUCGAUCCGGCCUCGGAGGAACCGUUUCCGUGUGGCGGUUUUAAUUUCAGAGCUGGCAGGAAUCCGGUUUGCGAAUUUUUCCCAGCGACCGGGGCUGCAGAUGUGAGUGAAGUUGAAUUUUGUUAAUGGUAUUGUCAGUCCUUAGUUCAACUAUAGUCUAGUUUGAUGAAUUGACUCAGUUCAACUAUAGUCUAGUUUGAUGAUUUAGCUUAGUUCAACUAUAGUCUAGUUCGAUGAUUUAGCUUAGUUCAACUAUAGUCUAGUUCGAUGAAUUAGCUUACAAUUAGUUCAACUAUAGUCUAGUUUGAUGAAAAAAUUCAGCCGAAGUAUGGAAGCCCAUUGAAAAAAAUUCAAACCACACGCGCAACGUCAACGCGGAGUCUCGUUUCUAUUCCACCCCAGAAAAAAAAGAAAAAACAACGAGACUCCGCGUUGAUGACACCGCGCGUGGUUUAAUUGUGUUUAUUUUUUGGCAUUUUUUCUUUUCAUUCCAAAAACAUUUUUUUUUUCGAAAUGAAUUUUUAAAUUUGAAAAAAAUCCACGUUUCACGCUUAUUUUUCAUAUUUUCCCUCAUUUUCAAUUUCGAUUCCAGAAAAACGCGACCCAAUCGCUAAAAAUCGAAGAUGCUCCAACAUUUUACUACGAAAAAACGUGUCUAAAAAUCGCGAAACGCUGUGAAGAAAGUGCCUACAUGUUCGACGUGAAAAAGGGUUAUCGAAUCGACGAGGUUCCCCACAAAAUAAUCAAUAUCUCCACGACAAUUCAAGAAUGUAUGGAAGAAUGUGGAAAUCUUCAAGAUUGUCAAAGUUUCGGUUUUCAUCGAGAAGCAAUGCGUUGCUCAUUUUAUAAAAUGACGAGAAGAGAUGCGAUUAUUAUUAAGGAUCCGAAAAUGGAUUAUUUUGAAAAUAAUUGUAUACAUCGUAGGUGUUUUUUCUGGAAUCUGGAUUUUUUGGAUGAUAUUCAAAUUAAUUUUGUUUUAAGCUUCAUCUCGCUGUCCGAACGGUCGCAUCGAAUUUGUGGUAACUCGAAAAGCCGAUGUUCCCUCAUUCGGUCUUGCACUUGGUGUUAAAAGUAUCCGAAGUUGCAUGCAAUCCUGCAUCAAUAAUGGACAAUUUCACUGUCGAAGUGUGCAAUUCGACGCGGUUUCCAAUGAAUGUUUUGUGUCGGAUGAGACUUCGGAUGUGGCGGUUCCUUCGUCGACGCUCGAUAUUUAUGAACCGUUUUGUGUGCCACGGAGUGAGGAAAAUACUUGUAAUCGACCGUAUUCUUUUGAGAAAUCGAUUACGUCGAAGAUGAUGAAUGUUACACCGAUUGUUGAACUUCCUAGUGAGUUUUAGACGGGACCACCCACGAAGCCUCUGGCUUAAACUAGAAGGUACGCAAAAGUUCGUCGCAGUGUUUGCACACAAAUUUUAUUUUUGACACUAAACUUCUAGGAAAAUCAAAAUUUAAUCUAGUUUAGACAAACAAGGGUUAGGCUUAGACCUUUCAAAAUUUUAGGCUGAGGCCUUUCAGGAUUUUAGGCUUAGGCCUUUCAGGAUGUCAGGCUUAGGCCUUUCAGGAUUUGUCUUAGGCUUAGGCUUUUCAGGAUCUGAGGCUUAGGCUUAGGCCUUUUAGGAUUUGUUUGUAUUAGGCUUAGACCUUUCAGGAUUCAUCUAAAAUCUUAGGCCUUUCAGGAUUUAUCUAAAAUCUUAGGCUUAGGUCUUUCAGGAUUUUUUGUCUUAGGCUUAGGCCUUUCAGGAUGUUAGGCAUAGGCCUUUCAGGAUUUGUCUUAGGCUUAGGCCCUUUAUCUCGAAUCUUAGGCUUAGGCAUUUCAGGAUUUUUGUCUUAGGCUUAGGCCUUUCAGGAUUUGUUUGUCUUACAAGGAAAGGUUUUCAAUGUUCCCCCAAGGAAAAAAUCGAGAGUAUGUGGAAUGUUGAGGGUUCCCGUGGGUAAGAAAAACCCUAACGGGAAUAAGGAGAAAAAUGCCUUGUUUUAGAAAAUUUUGGUGUUAUUGAUUUUUGCGAUGAAAUUUUUUAGAAAAAUCGAAACUUUUUUCAAAAUUGAUGAAAAAUGUCAGUCUAAAAAUCCAUUUGUAUUAUCAAAACAAAAAAAAUUGGCAAAAAAACGGAGCCUGGAAAUUCAAAUGUCAUUCUUGCCAAGUACGGUGUUUCUGCCAGUCGCUGCGAGACCCAUAUGUGCGUCUUUGACUUUGUUUCUCUGCCCAAUGGUGUGGUCUCGAAACGGUGUUAGUGACGCAGAGGAAUACCGUACUUGGAGAAAUUGGGAUUUGAAUUUCUGGCUUCUCUUUUUUUGCCAAAUUUUUUUACUUUGAUAAUAGCGCAAACGGCGUACUUUAGUAUUACUCCGACUAAAAUUAGGAAUAAAAUAAUUUUGGUCCCAAAAGUCCACUAAAUCAAAAAUCCAGUUUGAAAAAUUCAUAGAAAAUCAACGUUUUCGUUGUGAAGGAAAAGUUUGUGUGAAUCGAGACUAUGAUUUUCGGAUUCUACGGACCAAAUUACGUCUGUUGACCGUCAUAAAUUUUUCAAGUUCCGUUCAUUUUGAAAAUGGAAAAAAUUAUUUUUUGUGUUUUUUGGUGACCAUUUGAUCAGAAAAACUCCGACUAAAAAAACCAAAUUUCAAAAAAUGUCAAAUUUUUUGAUAAAAAGUUUCACAAACACGUAAUCGACCAUUCUGAACAACUUCCACGACUCAAAAGUUCAUGAAAUAGAUUCAAAAUCGAGUUACAGAUGCUCUAAAAAUCAAAAAAUGGUGUAAAAAUCGACCUAAAAUACAUUUUUUCUCGAGAAUAAGGCAUUUUUCUCCUUAUUCCCGUUAGGGUUUUUCUUACCCACGGGAACCCUCAACAUUCCACAUACUCUCGAUUUUUUCCUUGGGGGAACAUUGAAAACCAUUCCUUGUUAGGCUUAGGCUUCUCAGGACUUCUUAAGUUCUAAAGUUGUCACUGACUUAGGCUAACUCGCCGGAAAAUAAAUGAAAUUUCGGAAAUUAUUUUUUGAAACUUUCAUCAUUGAAUUGUUGAUCAGGGCCCUGAAUUUCCAAAUCGAACUAAAACUGAAUCAGGAAUAUUCCGAACUAAUAUAAAUUUCUUCGGCUUGGAAAGUUCUAGAAUCUCGAACAUCAGCUCCGAUAACCCGAGCGAGGAUUUCCCUGAUUCUCUCACCUCCACCUUCCAGAUCAAUCAACCGAAAAAUGCCUUCAAAAAUGCAUCGACAUUGACACGUGUCAAUCGAUAAACUACAAUGUGCUGACAAGAGUUUGCACGCUUCUCGACAAAUCCAAAACCGAAGCCGCCUCUCUGAUUCACCCAGAUGAGAAUCACGAUUUCUAUGAGACGACUUGCCCGAAAACUGUGACGACUACCAAAAAAAUCCACGUGGCAUCUGUGGCUAGUACUGUGGCUAGUACACAGCAACCUGUGACUACUAGUACAAAAACUACAAUUCAAGAAAAGUUAAGAAAGACAACGGUGGAUAUUGCGAAUUAUCGAUUGUUCGAGAGAAAUCGGGAGAUUUUGGAUGAAUUUGUUCAGGAACAAUUCACGAAUAUUGUCAAUGUUCAGGAAUGUUGGUGAGUACCCCAGAAUAUAUAAAAUUAACAUGAAAAAAAGAGAAAAAAAAUUCAAAAAUUUAAACCACGCGCGCAACGUCAACGCGGAGUCUUGUUGUUUUAUUUUUUUAGGAAGCUCUGCCUUCACUUGAACUGCUCGUUCAUCUCAUUCUCCUCAACUCUGAACAGUUGCAUCGUCUCGAAUUCCACCUUGGAAAUCAGUGAGAUCACUAGAGAUUCAGCGAUCUAUGAUUUGUAUGUUCACAAGGAUCGAGUCACUACAACUCCAAGUACAACUACAACAACAUCUGAGCCUCUUGGGGCUCCUAAGUCGCCAACAUCUGACGAUGAUAAUAUUUUCGAGUUCAAUGAGCUAUUUGACAUCAGCGAGGCUUCAACUACCACUGAAGCUGUUGAAACAUCAAUCUCCACUACUGUUACAAGCACAACUUCAAGGCCAACAACAACAUCAGCACCACCCUCAACAUCUACAGCCCAUCAAAGAAGUCGCGCACACGCCUUGCCGAAUACCGAAACUAUCACUGAAGAUAAAACUCUUCUACCCAUCGAUGAUCUGGAACUCGGGGGGCUAGAAGAUUCACAACCGAUGCAACUUUCUGAAGAAUCAGGGAUCGCGUAUGUUGAUCCAGAAUUGGUGGAUGUUUCAGCGCAGUGUCAGAGUCAGGGGAUUAAUAUUACAUUUGAUUUGAGGAGUCUAGCGGUGAGGUUUGGGAAUCUGGGGUUCUAGUUGCUUAUCCAAAAGGCUUAGGCUUAGUUAAUCUUAGGCUUAGGUUAAGUUAGGCUUAGGCUUAGUUAGGCUUAGGCUUAGUUAAUCUUAGGCUUAGGCUUAAUUAGAUUCAGGCUUAGUUAAGGUUCAGGCUUAGUUAAGCUCAGGCUUAGUUAAGCUUAGGCUUAGUUGAGCUUAGGCUUAGUUAAGCUUAGGCUUAGUUAGGCCUAAGCUUAGGCUUAAGCUUAGGAUCAGUGGUUUAAGGGCUUCAGGAGAUUCAGAAGUGUUUCAGAAAACUCCUAGAAUUAUGUCUCCUGAAUCUCCUGAUCCUUUUGAUCCUGAACCUCCUGUUCUUGAACUUCAUGAAGUUUUCAGAUCUUAAAUUUUGUUCUAGAGUUCCCUUGUGAAAAUCCAAAUUUCCAGAACUACACUGGAGUUGUAUACGCCUCGGAAAGAUUCGAGCAAUGUCGAGUUUUCGUCAAAAACGCCUCGCACUUCUCAAUUUUCAUCCCACGCCCAAAACAUAAUAGUUGGUGUAAUGCAGUCGAGCUCAACAAUGAGAUGUCCACAAUCGUAAUCCUCUCCAAUGAUCGGAUUUUGCCGCAUGACGUCACAACUAAGGAUGAUCUAUUCUAUCAAGUCGCUUGUCAGUAUAAUGAAAAAGAUGAGGCGAGAGUUAAUCAAGGAAUUGUUGUUGGGUGA